UUUAGUGAAAAGUUGGUUCGUAGAAGCGGAUCAGUCGUAUUUUGUCGCCGUAUAAACGACGCAGUGUGAUAGUUUCGAAUUGUUUACAAUGGCAAGUGAGGCUGAAAGGUUAAUCGGUAUCUCUCUGACGAAAAUUGCGCAGAGCAGAUCUCAUCGUGGUGGUGUAAGUUUGCAUAAAAAUUUACUUGUUGCUACUGUGUUACAAAAAGCGCGGUACAUUUUUAUGGAGGAGGCAUACAAUAUGGUUCAUUAUCGGCCACCUGCGCCUGUCCAAUCUCGUUCUAAUCUUCCACACGAGGAACUCGUUGGACUCACCGCCGAAGAGGCUUGUUUGGAAGCUAAUUCUUCAUCUGAUACUAUUCAAGAAUCGUCUGCCAGCGAGCUCAUUCAACAACCAACCUGUGUUAAGUGUUCCGAGAAUCAAGAUAAAGAAAAUCACCCUCCUUACAACUCAGAACUUACCUAUUUGGAUUUAGAUAAGAGUUCGAAUGUGUUAAGAGAGAGAAGUAACUCUCCUUCUUUAAAAAGACGACGUGCUGUUGCUGAAUGGGAAACGGAGGAAGCCGUCCAAUCUAUUCUGCCAAAAAAAAGUAAGCAGGACGAUGAUAGUGAUGAUUCAGUGUUUUUAGAUGACGCCACGUUAUUAUCUGAUGCCGUAAGUAAAGAAAUUGACGCAGACAGACAACAACAACAACAAGAAAAUAAUGAUGGUGGGUCUUCAAUGGAAAUUGAUCGUAUUACGUCGUUAGUCUCCAUAUUCAGCUUUAGCAUGGGCGAUGGAAAACUCAACAGGUCCAUGUCUACUCCCGAUUUGUGUUCAACGCAGGCAAAAGACAAUCCCGAUACUUUGCAACAAAGACAAUUUAUAGCCAUGACAGUGUAACUAUGAACUCUGUAGAAGAGAGUGUUUUUAGGUAAAUUUUGAAACUCGUAAUUUGUGUUAUAAAAAACGAUCUCCUUAACAACGACAACCGAUUUUCUUUGCAAAUUUUCUAUUAAUUUAACCGUAUUUGAAUGAUUAGUUGAUACAGGAGCUGUUGGAUAGAUAACAACUGCAACAAUUAAAAGUUAGCUAAUGUUGAUAUUUUCGGCAAUUUACUUGUAAAUACCCGCGGAGAGGAAGAGAAGAAGAAAAAAAUACAAAGUACAAAUUAACAUUUUGUAGGUGUCAGUUUAUUUUUUAUUGUUUAAAUAAAUAGAGCUUAUUUCCGGUUUGGUAUGACACAAUUUUAAUAUUUGUUUGGUUGUGAUAUCAAAUAUCUUGUUUUUUGUAAAGAGAAUUGAGCCAGGUAUAUAAAAUACCAAGACCAUUGUGAUAGUGAGAUGUAUGUAUUUUUGUAAUAAAAAUGUCUAUGUAAAAAAAAAACGACAUGGCCAUGGACAUUUUAAAUAUCGGUCUCGAAAAGGGACCAUCUGCCGUUUUGAAUACAUUCCAUUUCAUACUUAUACCGGAUACACAGAGGUUGAUUUUUUUACCUGGGGUCGUCUUUGUGUUAGGGCGGAUAGGGGUUUGUUUUUUAAAAUUUUCAUGGUUACUGUCGCAGAUUUUGUAUAUAUGUUUUGUUGCUCUGUUUUAAGAGUACUCUAUUCUUGUACAUAUUAAUAUUAUAUGGUACCUAUAUGUUUAAAAAAUAAAACAUGUUUUUUAUUAA